AUGGGUAGUGUUGCUCAUGUGGAUGAUGAUAUAAAAGAGUUGGCACGAGAUGUGCAUACAUUAGCCCGAUUGGGUGUUCGAUUAGUAGACUCCGACAAGGGUGGUGUCAUGGUUCGUAACAGUUCUGAAUCAUCUUUUGUAAGUGAUGUGAAAGCUAAACAAUGUCUAGAUCCGUUUUUGGUAGACUUGAAAGAAGUGUUUCAAGAAUGUUGUGAAGAUGAAAAUCUUGUUAAAAAGUCUUUAUGCUUGGAUGUUCCUACAAGGUGGAAUUCCACCUACAUGAUGUUGAGCAGGGUUAUUGAAUAUGAAAGUGCAAUUGUAGAGUACGCCGAUCGUGAUAUUGGCUUGGCACUACAUCUUAAGUUUGUUGACAUUGUGGAUGAAACUCCUACAGAUCAUGUUUUGGCUAAAAUGGAAGAAAAUAUGAAGGAGAAAUUUGACAAAUAUUGGGGUGAUACUGAAAAAAUGAAUAAGAUAUUUUUCAUACCAUGUGUUUUGGAUGCUCAUCACAAAUUUAACACUCUUGGCUUUGCACUUAAGAAGAUGUUCGGAAAAAAAGGGGUUGCUAUAGAAAUUGGUGUGCAAAAGUACAUGGAAUCUUUGUUUAAUGAGUAUGCAAAGCCUAAUUCAAAUGAUAAAAGUGGCCAACUUUCUUCAACUGAGGUGGACACUUCUUAUGUAUCGAUAGGAGAAUUUGGGAACAUUUUCGAGGAAUUAAAUAAACACAAAUCUGAAAAUGGAGGAGCAAGUUCAAAGUCAGAAUUAGUUAAAUAUCUUGAAGAAGAUACUGAAACUGGAAAAUUAGAUUUUGAUGUAUUGCUUUGGUGGAAAGUUAACUCACCUAGAUUUCCAUCUCUUUCUGAAAUGGCUCGAGAUGUGUGCUAUUCCUAUUUCAAGUGUGGCGUCUGA